AUGUUCCCUCGCCAAUCUUUUGCUCACACUCUAGGCACUUCCGGACAGCCAAACAGCCUGUCCGGCUUUGUUGGUCCUCAUGCGUACCAAGCCAGGUCAAUAUUUCCCUCGGCAAACGAACAGGGUCAGCAAACGGACGGUGGUAACGAGGAGGAGAUAGAUGAGGAGGAAGAGGAGGAGGAGGAAGAAGAAGAAGAUGAUGAUGAUGAUGAUGGGUAUGAUGAUAACAAUGAUGAUUAUGACGGAGGGGCAGGGCCAGGGCCAGAGGAGGACAAAGACGAGGGUGCAAAAGAGAGCGUAUGGUCUGGGGUGCUGGUCGAGAGGCAGAGGUACUAUUAG